AUGUUCUGGAUAACUGUUUUCAUGCGGGCGAUCGCCAAAUGUACAAACUCCCACAAUAAAGUGUUUCACUACUUUCUAGUUUUUGUAGCUAUCCCUGCAAUCACUGCCGAAUUAGAGGUUCCGAGAGUACGUUGCAAUAAAUGGCAUUGGUAUACUGGGCUUUACUAUGAAACGGAGAUAGAGGUGUGGAAGAAAGCAAUUGAGAGUCAUUGCCAUGCGGAACUGAACGGUUUGACAAUGCAAUAUAAUUGUUAUAUAGAAGGAGGUGCAGACAGAUGUGCAAGAAGGUUGGGAACAUAUGCUAAUGAGAUCGAUCAUAACAUGUUUGCUGUUACUCUCAAUGGCGACUUCUAUUAUCAAAAAAGCGAAGUGGUAGCUAAUGAGGUCAUUCAAAAGCUCAAAGAUAGGGGACUGUGCGAAAAAAUACAAAGCAAGAAUAGGACGGAUUUUGGAUGCGCAUCUACAUGGUUUACAUUCUACUAUAAUAAUCGCUGGCAGAAACAUUACAAGAUGUACUACAUCUGUGGAGUGGACCACCCCAGAAGAGUGAAAGAAUUUGUGGAAUUCUAUGAUUAA